AUGGCGCCGAUUCGUGUUGGUAUCAUCGGUCUAGGCCCCAUUAGUAGCCCAGGCUAUAAGGCUGGAGAAUGGGGCAUCCAGCAUAUGAAUGCCAUCUUGAGAUCACCCCAUUACGAGCUCGUUGCUGUGAGCAACUCUACGAUCGAGUCUGCCGAGAGGUCUAUCAAAUCCCAUAAGCUGCCAUCGACAGUGAAAGCUUAUGGCUCGGCGAAAGAUAUUGCCAGUGAUCCAAAUGUUGAUCUGGUCGCUAUCGCUGUCCGCAUUUCUCACCACUACGAGCUGGUCAAAGAAGUUCUCCAGCAGAAGAAGAAAGUUUUGAUUGAGUUUCCCGCAACCCCCGAUGUUGCGCAAACCGAAGAACUGGCUGCUAUUGCCAAAAGUCACGGGAUCGAAACAAUUAUUGGCGCCCAAGGUCGUGCUGAUCCAGCUAUUAGAAAGCUUAAAGAGCUGGUCGACACCAAAGCUAUUGGCGACAUUGUCUACAGCUCAUUUUCUGGUCAACUUGUCAUGGUUGUCGAUGAUGGAUGGGCGCAAUCUCAAGCUGGAUUCUUAGACCUGAACGCUGGCAUUAGCCGUAUAAACAUCGCCCUUGGACAUCCAAUUGAUACCUUGAUUCAUGUUUUAGGCGGCUUUAAAGACAUCCAGUCAACGUUUAAGACCAGUGUAAAAGCCACGAAGCUGUUUGAUGAUCAAGGCAACGUCGUGGAUCCUGCGUACAAGGUCACUGCGCCGGACAUCAUGCUUCUGCAGGGCGUCCUUGACGGUGGGGCUGUGGCAUCAUUCAACCUUCGCACUGCACGAUCCACCGCUGAUGAUGUCAGCUUCCGUUGGACUAUUACUGGCACCAAAGGAGAGGUGACUUUCACUAGCGGUCCUGGAUUCUUUCAAAUGGGCUUCAACGGCCCGAAAAUUCUCCUUAAGAAUUGGGGCAGCGAGGCCCAAGAAGUCGGCCUCGAUGUCAAAGAGGCAGAGUACUACGGUUCUAUAAACCCUCUUGGUAUAAACACUCUUCGACUCUAUGAGGCAUAUGCCAGGGGCGAGACUGGCGGAUAUUCCAACAUCGAACAGACGUUGCGUACAGAGGAAGUUUUGGACAAAAUCAAGAAGACUGCCAUUUGGGCCCCAUAA